GCAGCAGUGCCAGGGACGAUCGACUUCCAUCUCCAGGACCGCGCAGGGGCGCCCACGGUUCAUGCGGUCACCGUCUCCGGUGUAUGUUGCGUCCAACCUGGGACGUCGAGGAGGCAUUGUCGCAGAGGGGGGGGGGAACUUGGACGACGUCGGCGACAACGUCGACGGGAGGUUACUGUGGGCGGAGCAACGACGGGAGCUGAGGGAGGGCCGCGAGGAAGCAAUCAGGCGGGGAGUGGAGCGUCUGAGGAUUGACAGGCCGGCGAAAGAAGUUGAGGAGCCAGAUGCGGGGCUUCCGUUCGAAGAAGACGACGACGAAAACGAAGGAGAAGGAGGGGACGGGAACGGGGGUUACGCCUCGCCAUCGGAGAACAGCGACGUGGGUGUUAAGGGUGGCAACACGAAGGCGAAGAGCGGAAAUGGUCGUGGGCGGCCGAAGAAACCACAAGCCAAGCAGAACGACGGAGACGGCAACGGCAAGGCAAAGGAGAAGCGAAACUUUUGGAGUGUCGAACGUAUCAUCGCCCUCAUACGGGCAAAACACGAUCAGGAUGCGCACUUGCAGGGUAUGGGCCACGUGUACGGCCGGAUGAAGGCGAGGGAGUGGAAAUGGAAUGACGUCGCCAGAAGAUUGAAGAAUGCCGGUGUUGAUAGGAAGGCGGACAAAUGCGGGAAGAAGUGGGACAACCUCAUGCAGCAAUUCAAGAAAGUUCAUCAUUUUCAAUCGCCGUCUGGGGGAAUCGAUUUCUUUCAGUUAAGCGCGAAGGAGAGGGUGAGCAAGGGCUUCAAUUUCAACAUGGAUCGCGCUGUUUACGACAAGAUUGAAGUGUCGACCGGUUUCAACGAAACCAUCAACCCGAAAAACGUUGCAGACACUGGUGCCUCUCGCGGUGUGCAUUUGCCGUCGGCGUCGAAUGCUGAUCCUGAAGCAGUUGGUGAUGCCGACGCCGGUGCGGGGGGGGACGAUGAGGAGGAGCGAUCGACUCGUGGUUCUUCACAGACUGCGGGCAGCCCUGGUGCGUUUGGAAAGAGGAAGAGCACGCGGCAGCAGACGUUCAAGGCAAUGACCGAUUGCAUGGAGAAGCACGGUCCGUUGAUGGCGGUCACUAUGGAGAGUGCCAGCAAGCGGCAAUGCAGCAUUCAGCUACGACAAUGUGUUGGGAAACAAGUAUCAGAAGGCGAGCUUGUGCCGAAGAAAGGUCGCCACGAUCCCGCGAAGAGAAGAAGGGGUGUCCAAGGUGGGAAAGGCGUAGUCGGGCGAGAGGUCGAGUUAGAAUGGGUGGAUGAAGAGGAGAGACAGGAGGAGGACGAGGACUUCCAAGAAGAAGAGGAUCAGACUCUUAAGAGGAAAGUGAAGCAGAGAACGGGGGGCGCUAUACGGAUCGAAGUGGGGGGGGGGGACGCAGCAGAGGUGGCUCAUGAUCAACCACAGAUACCCUCGAAUAAGCGGAACCAACAGCCUGUUGGCGUGGCUAGCAGUUCCCAGGCUGUGAUCGACGUCUCUGCGAAGCGAUCCCCUGCGCUGCAGCCGCGCGGGGAGACAGUUCAGGUGCUGUGCGAAGUGGCGGACGGUGCGAAGGCAAGCGAUGUUCAGGCGGUCGGCGAAGACGACGAAGCCGUGGUGAACAAGCUGCGCGGACAAAGUGAGGAGGCGAAAGCGAUCGAGGUUGCCGCGAGGCUAUGGACCGACGACAUUUGCUUCUGGAAUCAGACGCGGGGACACGAAAUUAUAUAGAUCAUACAUGAAGCCCGAGUUUACCUCGUUGACGUAGCGACCGGAGUGCAACCAUCGC